CAACAGAUCUGUGUCGGAGACGUCACAGGACGAAGGGUUGGAUAGCAGACGUAUCGAAGACACAGGAAAGAAGUUACAGAUCCCCAAUGCCAAUGAAGGCUACAAAGAGGUCAUGGUACUGGUGUUUGCCUGUGAUUUUGUUGGUGGUUCUACAAAGUGUGACCCUUACUUCUGGUCAGAAUGUGACAUUGGGGUUUCCUGUUACAAGGAGAGCAUUGUUCUACACAGACAGCCUGAGUCUGUCUACUGCACUCAUCAACAAUGUCAAUGAGCUUCCAACUGAUUUUAUCCUUACUGUCGUCCGUGUCUACAUCCACAAGAACUUUGGACAGCCAUCCCAGGGCAGUAUUCUCCUGUGGGAGAGAGUGACAUCCUUCAACUUCAGACUUCUGUUCAAACAAAGGGUCUUUUUUCAGGGGAGUCCAGGCAUCCAAACAAUCUCUAUCAACAAUGCCCCAACGACUGGAGUAGGGACUUUUCUCGGCUGGAGUACCGACGUGGCUUAUGUACCAGUGAGCUUCAGCUACUCUUCCUCGCCGAACAAUGGCACGCUGAUGACCUAUGCAACAGAUGCUAUACUAGCACUGGGCUCACAGAUGGAAUUCUUUAUCAGACCAUUUUUCUUCUCCAUCCAGGCAGAUCUAGAACCAUUUGUACCUACAACAACGACUGCUUCCACUGUUUUGCCUGUUACACUUCCAUCCUCAACACAACUAACAACACCUCAGAUGACCACUACUCAGGUGACACCAACGCGCAUCACCACACCUCCAGUAACUACACCGCAGGUCACAACUACAGCAGGAACAGUGGGAGCUCCAGGAGCUGUGGGACUGACAGGAAGUACUGGACCACAGGGAAAUACUGGAGCUGUAGGACUGACAGGAAGUACUGGACCACAGGGAAACACUGGAUCUGUGGGACUGACAGGAAGUACUGGACCACAGGGAAACACUGGAGCUGUGGGACUAACAGGAAGUACUGGACCACAAGGAAACACAGGAUCUGUGGGACUGACAGGAAGUACUGGACCACAAGGAAACACUGGAGCUGUGGGACUGACAGGAAGUACUGGACCACAAGGAAACACUGGAGCUGUGGGACUGACAGGAAGUACUGGGCCACAAGGAAACACUGGAGCUGUGGGACUGACAGGAAGUCCUGGACCACAAGGAAACACAGGAUCUGUGGGACUGACAGGAAGUACUGGACCACUGGGAAACACUGGAGCUGUUGGACUGACAGGAAGUACUGGACCACAAGGAAACACAGGAUCUGUGGGACUGACAGGAAGUACUGGACCACAGGGAAACACUGGAGCUGUAGGACUAACAGGAAGUACUGGACCAAUGGGACCAACAGGUGUAGAUGGUAUUACAGGCCAACAAGGAAACACUGGGCCAAUUGGUUUGACAGGUUACACUGGACCCAUGGGACCAACAGGUGUAGAUGGUAAUACAGGCCCACAAGGAAACACUGGGCCAAUUGGUUUGACAGGUUACACUGGACCCAUGGGUCCAACAGGUGUAGAUGGUAAUACAGGCCCACAAGGAAACACUGGGCCAAUUGGUUUGACAGGUUACACUGGACCCAUGGGUCUUACAGGUGUAGAUGGUAAUACAGGCCCACAAGGAAACACUGGGCCAAUUGGUUUGACAGGUUACACUGGACCAAUGGGACCAACAGGUGUAGAUGGUAAUACAGGCCCACCAGGAAACACUGGGCCAAUUGGUCGGACAGGUGACACUGGACCAAUGGGACCAACAGGUGUAGAUGGUAAUACAGGCCCACAAGGAAACACUGGGCCGAUUGGUUGGACAGGUGACACUGGACCCAUGGGACCAACAGGUGUAGAUGGUAAUACAGGCCCACCAGGAAACACUGGGCCAAUUGGUCGGACAGGUGACACUGGACCCAUGGGACCAACAGGUGUAGAUGGUAAUACAGGGCCAGAAGGAAACACAGGGCCGAUUGGUUGGACAGGUUAUACUGGACCCAUGGGACCAACAGGUGUAGAUGGUAAUACAGGCCCACAAGGAAACACUGGGCCGAUUGGUUGGACAGGUUAUACUGGCCCCAUGGGACCAACAGGUGUAGAUGGUAAUACAGGCCCACAAGGUAACACUGGGCCGAUUGGUUGGACAGGCUACACUGGACCAAUGGGACCAACAGGUGUAGAUGGGAAUACAGGCCCACAAGGAAACACUGGGCCUAUUGGUUGGACAGGUUAUACUGGACCCAUGGGUCCAACAGGUGUAGAUGGUAAUACAGGCCCACAAGGAAACACUGGGCCAAUUGGUUGGACAGGUUAUACUGGACCCAUGGGUCCAACAGGUGUAGAUGGUAAUACAGGCCCACAAGGAAACACGGGGCCUAUAGGACUGACAGGAAGUAGUGGACCACAUGGAAACACUGGAGCUGUUGGACUGACAGGAAAUACUGGAUUAAUGGGACCACAGGGAAAUACUGGAGCUGUUGGAUUGACAGGAAGUACUGGCCCUAUGGGUACACAGGGAAACACUGGAGCUUUUGGAUUGACAGGAAGUACUGGAUCAAUGGGACCACAGGGAAACACUGGAGCUGUUGGAUUGACAGGAAGUACUGGAUCAAUGGGAGCACAGGGAAACACUGGAACUGUUGGACUGACAGGAAGUACUGGAUCAAUGGGAGCACAGGGAAACACUGGAGCUGUUGGAUUGACAGGAAGUACUGGACCAAUGGGAGCACAGGGAAACACUGGAACUGUUGGACUGACAGGAAGUACUGGAUUAAUGGGAGCACAGGGAAACACUGGAGCUAUUGGACUGACAGGAAGUACUGGACCAAUGGGACCACAGGGAAACACUGGAGCUGUUGGACUGACAGGAACUACUGGACCAUUGGGACCACAGGGAAACACUGGAGAUGUUGGACUGACAGGAAGUACUGGACCAAUGGGACCAUAUGGAAACACUGGAGCUGUUGGACUGACAGGAAGUACUGGACCAAUGGGACCACAGGGAGACACUGGAGCUGUUGGACUGACAGGAAGUACUGGAUUAAUGGGACCACAGGGAAAUACGGGAGCUGUUGGACUGACAGGAACUACUGGACAAAAGGGACCACAGGGAAACACUGGAAAUGUUGGACUGACAGGAAGUACUGGACCAAUGGGACCACAGGGAAACACUGGAUCUGUUGGACUGACAGGAAGUACUGGACCAAGGGGACCACAGGGAAACACUGGAUCUGUUGGACUGACAGGAAGUACUGGACCAAUGGGACCACAGGGAAACACUGGUGCUGUGGGCCUGACAGGAAGUACAGGACCAAUGGGACCACAGGGAAACACUGGAGCCGUGGGACUGACAGGAAGUACUGGACCAAUGGGACAACAGGGAGACACUGGAGCUGUUGGACUGACAGGAAGUGCUGGACCUAUGGGACCACAGGGAAACACUGGAACUGUUGGACUGACAGGAAGUACUGGACCAAUGGGACCACAGGGAAACACUGGAGCUGUUGGACUGACAGGAAGUACUGGACCACAGGGAAACACUGGAGCUGUUGGACUGUCAGGAAGUACUGGACCUUUGGGACCACAGGGAAAUACUGGAGCUGUUGGACUGACAGGAAGUACUGGACCACAGGGAAACACUGGAGCUGUAGGACUGACAGGAAGUACUGGACCAAUGGGACCACAGGGAAACACUGGAUCUGUUGGACUGACAGGAAGUACUGGAUCAAUGGGAAACACUGGAACUGUGGGACUGACAGGAAGUACUGGACCAAUGGGACCAGUAGGAAUUACAGGUAUUGGCAGUACGGGGCCAGUAGGACCACAGGGAAACAUUGGAGCUGUCGGAAUGACAGGUAUUGGCAGGACAGGACCAAUAGGACCACAAGGCAACACUGGAUCUGUAGGAAUGACAGGUGCAACAGGGCCACUUCACCCGGUUAUCAACCAGUGCUUGACUCCAGAUAGAGGCAACUGUACCCAGCUAUGUCGGGACACCUUCGGAUCAUAUCGGUGCGAUUGUUUCUUUGGUUAUCGCCUACAACUUGAUGGACUCACCUGUUUAGACAUUGACGAGUGUAAUGAUUUUGGCCCUUGUGACCAAGUCUGUACCAAUGUAGAUGGUUUUUACCAGUGCACAUGCAAGACGGGAUUUACCCUCAAUGAUGAUGGUCACACUUGUUCAGACUACAAUGAGUGUGAAGGAGACAAUGUUUGUGGAGGUCUCCUUGGUACAAGUGUCUGCAUCAACACAUUUGGUUCCUAUCACUGCCUUUGGUUCAAGGGAGCAAGAGGAAGAAUAAAUGUAAUUAGUAAAGAGGAAUUUCAAGAAGGUGUGUUUUAUGAUGAGGAGGAAGAAGAGGAGGAGGAGGAAAAAGAGGUGGACACAAAAAACUACAAUCAACAGAUUACCACAUGCACCCCUCACAGAGAAGAGGUAUCUGAACUCACCCGCCUCCAGAUGACCAUUUUGAUUUCUUGUUUAAUAGGUACUGUGUUAAUCUGUUUAUUCGUAGGCUUUAUUAUUUUGGGAUUUAAAGUUAUUGGUCGAAAGAGGAACCGAACAAGAUAUCCCCAUCGGCCAAGCUCGCUGUAUUUAUCUGAAGCUGGCCCAAACUAUGGUUCCGCACGUGUGUCAGGGUCCCGGAAUCUAGGUUUCCAGGAUUCCAUACCAGCACCUUGAAAUUAAAACAAGUACUUUUAUAAAGUAACACCAUAGAUAUCACUGUGUAUUAGAAAGAUCAAUGUAUUCAAUAAGAUAUAUCAUUGUAUUAAGUAAGAUAUCUCUAUGUUUUAAAUAUGAUAGUGUGAUGUAUUAAAUAAGAUAUAUUAAUGUAUUAAUUAAGUAAGAUAUCUCAAUGUACAUUUGUAUUAAAUUAGAUAUCUCAAUGUAUUAAAUUAGAUGUCUCAAUGUAUUAAAUUAGAUGUCUCAAUGU